UUGAUUUGAAAGAUAUAUAUACUUCGGGAGAUUCUUCCAUGACUAUUGAUGAAAUUGUGGAUACUGUUCUUGGUACAAAGUCGGGAUAUAUAAAAGGCCUUGGUUAUGGUCCAAAACCUAAUACUACAAGAGCUACACAAAGGAGAACGGCAGAGUUAGAAGACUCUCUCAAAAAGGCGAAACAAGAAGCUGCUAGUGCCCAACAUGACUUACAGAAACGAUUAAAUGCAGCUGAAACUGAGGUAGAAAACCAACAGUCGCAGAUACUAGACCAGCAAUCUCAGAUUCAAGACCAACAGUCACAAAUAAAAGCACUAAAUUCUCAGUUGGACACUGUAGUAGCAUGCCAAGAAGACAUAUUUAGAAAGAUACAACUCUUUGCUCGCUCAUCGCCAUCAAGCGCUCCAUCAGAAGGCUGACUUAAGGUAUAAAAGGGGAGAACUGAAUCAAAAUCGAUUGCAAGCUAUGUGUCACCACAUUAUUUCUACUUUGGAAGGAACUUUUAAUUAUUUGUCUAAGUUUAGGAGUAAUAUUUAGUAUAUUUCAGUUAGAUUUUCUUGUUAUUGGACAUAUGUUACUUUUAUUUAAGGAGUUUAUAAUGAGAUAUUAUCUCAAUAGAAUUUUCGUUGUUUUUAAUUACAUGA